AUGCGAGGAUGGAAAAAGGAGGGGACAGCGCCCAUGAGAAAUGCCCAUGGGAAGCUGCCUCUGCCCCUCUGGAGGAAGGGGAAACAGAGAAGUAAAAGGACACUCUAUCAGGGUCACCCUAAAUCCUUUCUGGGGAGGAGGACCGGGGACUUACUGCAGCUCUUUCCUCCGUGGGGCCAGCCGUUGUGGGAGAUGCUGCCAAGUGCUGGUGUCUAUUACUUCCCCUGGGAGAUCAACAGCUCCAUCCCUGAGGGGAAGACACUGAGGACAUUUGGCAGGUUAUGCUGCUAUGACCUGGCCCGAUCUGAAGCUGUUCUCACCAUGCAGCACAACUCGGCUCAGUACCAAGUCUGUGUUGACACCAAGUUUGUGGAGCCAUUCCAAGCCCAAGUGGGAUCUUUCUACCUGGUCCUGGGAGAGGCUGAACACAGGGAAGAAACUUCCAGUCCUGUGGUAAAAGCACGAAUAUUGACCUGUGUGGAAGGGAUGAACGUGCCCCUGCUGGAACAAGCCAUACAGGAGCAGAGGAAAUACUUCAGUGAGAGGCAGGAGCAGGAGGAAAACAGCAUGUCCUGACAGCAGCUCCGAGGCUAGCCACACGAUGGUCCUUGCACUGCCAUUUGCAACAAAUGUGUUAAAAGUAAAUUAGGAGAUGUGUUUGCUGUGGCAAACAGCAAAGUCACUGAGCAGGGAAAUACAUGAAGACUGUGAGUCAAUGUGUGUGAUUGUGGGCUGUCCAUUCCUGCCCCAGGUGUCAUGACUGAAAAUAGCUCUGGGAAGCAGGUUUGUUGUUUGAAAGGGUGGCUAAGGAAAGGGAACACUUGGGUUAUACUGAUCCUUUCAUAAUGCACGACAUGAAGAAGUCAGAAGUCUGAAUCUGGAGUUAAGCAGCUCAGCUUUGGCAGAUGGGGGAAAAGGGCAUUAGCACAAAGUUCAUUAGCCCUGCCUGGCUGCAGGUCCAUGAGUGCCUUUGUUGGGGUACCCUGACUCAGCUGCCACACAGGAACAUUCCUGGCAAAACACUCAUGUAUCUGGUCUGACCAAAGAGACAAGAAGAACAAAGAGUCUAUUUCCAUUAGCACCUGCCUCAUCAGGUAGGAAGAACUUGUAUCUAAGGGGAGGAUUAAUUCUAUCCCUAAAAUAAAUAUUUGCAGUAUCCUGAGUACUUGACUUUCUUCCUUGACACAACUAAGUUUAAGAGACCUUAAAUCACUGUUUUUGAAGUAUCUAAAGAUUUCGAUUGAAAUGUUCCUAAAUAAAGAUGAAAAAAGAAGGCAGCCUGUCUUUUAUUG